UACUGCCAAACGUACAAGCCCAGACUGCAGAGAUGUCUAUAUAUCAGCAGGCGGCGAAGGGAUUGCAGACAGUGACGGGUUCGCAGACGAUGAAGGGAUCAAGUCCACAGAUGUCAAGUAAAGAUGGCGCAGGGGGCUGUGGAUGUGGAACCGGGCCUGGGUACGCAACGCCUCUGGAUGCCAUGAACGGUCCUAGAGAGAGACUCAUCUACGUCCCCUGCAUCUUAACCGGCACCGGAACUGGCGCUGGAACCGGCACUCAAGCGCCCGACUACCUGGCUACGGUGGACGUAGACCCAGAAUCUCCAACUUACUGCAAGGUGAUCCACCGCCUAACGAUGCCUUACAUCGAUGAUGAACUCCACCACUCCGGGUGGAACGCCUGCAGCAGCUGUUUCGGGGAUGCCACCAAGAAGCGGAACAGACUGGUACUUCCCUGUCUCGGCUCCUCUCGCAUUUAUGUGGUGGACACGGGGACUGACCAGAGGGCUCCCAGGCUCUUCACGGUGAUUGAGCCGAGAGAAAUCUUCCAGAAAUGCGACCUGGCCUUCCUGCACACCUCUCACUGCCUAGGCAGUGGGGAAGUCAUGAUCAGUUCAAUAGGGGACCCGCGGGGCAAUGCAAAAGGUGGUUUUGUCCUUCUGGAUGCGGAGACCUUCGAAGUGAAGGGGAACUGGGAGAGACCGACUCAAGCGGCCCCCCAAGGGUACGACUUCUGGUACCAGCCGAGGCACAACGUCAUGGUCAGCACUGAAUGGGGGGUGCCCAAAUUCUUCGUCACCGGGUUCAACCCAGCUGACCUGGGGAAAGGGCGCUACGGCCGUCGCCUGAACGUCUGGGACUGGACCACCCACUGCCUUCUCCAGUCGAUCGACUUAGGGGAGGACUCCGCCCCCUUCGAGAUCCGGUUCCUGCACAACCCCGACGCGGCACACGGAAUGGUAGUCUGCACAUUCCAGGGCACCGUCUAUCACUUCUACAAGACGCAGGAUGGAAGUUGGACAGCAGAUAAAGUGAUUGCGGUUCCGAACAAGAAAGUGUCAGGGUGGUUAUUACCCGAAAUGCCAGCCUUUAACACCGACAUGCUCAUUUCAUUGGACGAUCGGUUCAUGUACAUGAGCAACUUCAUCCAUGGCGACGUCCGUCAGUAUGACAUCACUGACCCUUUUUGCCCCAGGCUGGUUGGCCGGGUGUGGGUGGGCGGCAGCAUCCCAAAAGGCGGGGUGGUCACCGUCCUUGAAGAUCCGGAGCUGAAUGGCCAACCUGAUCCUUUCAUGAUCCAGGGAAGGAGAGUCUACGGAGGACCCCAAAUGCUUCAGCUCAGCUUGGAUGGCAAGAGACUCUAUGUCACCAACAAUCUGUACACUCCGUGGGACAAGCAGUUUUACCCCGAACUGGUCAGGGAAGGUUCCGUCAUGCUGCAGAUCGACGUGGACACGGAAUGCGGGGGUCUGUGCGUGAACGAAGACUUCCUGGUCGAUUUCGGGAAGGAGCCCUUCGGGCCUGCCCGGGCUCACGAGAUGCGUUACCCUGGGGGAGACUGCACCUCGGAUAUCUGGGCCUAGGUGGGGGGCACGUGGGCCUGCUCCGAUGCUAGCUUUGGGGGAAGGCUGUGGAGAAGGCACGCACAUGGCGGCUUGGGGUUCUUCUCUGCUCAUCAGUUUGUUUUUUUUAAAUGUAUGUUUGUGCUGAUCCGUGGCAUGGAAGCUUUUUAGGGCUGCCAACUGUGGUCGGGGAAAUUCCUGGAGAUUUGGGGGCGGAGCCUGGGGAGAGCAGAGUUUGGGGAGAGAAGGAAGCUAGGCAGGGAUGCAAUGCCGCUCUAGGACUUCCAUCUCCCAGACUCGAUGGUAAGCCAUAGAGUCCGCCCACCAAAGAUGCCAUUUCCUCCAGGGGAACCGAUCUCUGUAGUCUGGAGAUAGCUUGUAAUUCUGGGAG